AUGUUCUUGGAAGGCACAGUUCUUACAUUUGCUACCAUUAUUCUUGGAGGAGUGCUUAUCAUCAUGGGGGUGUUGUCGAUUGCGUUCAGCCUCUCGGUCGCUGUUGGUCUCUUUCUCUUUCACAAAGGCCUUGACUUCUACCGCCGUUUCCACAACCAGUUUCUGGCUGUUGUCGGUCGUGAAGUUGACAAUUUGCGUCGACAGGCAGCCGCAGCCAACGUCAAUGCCAAUGCACGGCCUCAACCGAAUCAGACUACUCCUUCCUCUCCUCCAUAUACUCCUUCAUCACCACCGUCCACACGUUCAACCCCCUCCCCAAAUACAAACUCUCCUUCCUCAAUAGGGCACACUGCAACUUCACCAAUCUCCCUACAGUCCCCACCAGCUCCCCCAGUCUCUGCCUCGGCACCUUCUCCACCAUCUCCUUCUGAACCUGUUGGAGUUCCUGCUGCUACUAGUACUCACCUCCCUAGCACCCAGGUCAUGGCUCAGGUUGCCCCAAUUGUACAGUCAACAACUGGUGCGGUUCAGGUAACCUCUGUUGACACCACCCAACAGACAGACUCUCUUGUACCUCCAGUUUGUGAUGCCCAGACAUCACCUGUGUCCAGUGGUCAAAGUCCAGAGGAAGUAAGCACAGACACUUCUGUUUUAUUGGCUGGUGCCAUUCCAGCACGUACUAUUUCUGAUGGUACCCACCUGAGGCAGCGGGUGUCACCCACAUCCAAUGUGACCACUCCUGAAUCGGACGAUCGGACUCUACGUGCUGCUACAGCACCACCAACCCUGACAUCUGUGUCUGCAAUGUCAUCUCAAGAUUCGUCAUCUGUAGAAGCAUGUGCCCACAGCAGCACGUCGAGGGAUUCAUCAGACGUGUUGAACUGGGAAAGUUCGUCAUCUUCAACACUGAAGAUAUUUUUUUAUCACACUUCCCAUGGGACCAUCAAAAAUAUCAAGGUUGUCAUGAAAAUAUUGCUGCCUCCUGACAUUUUGGGACAACUCCAUUUUUGCUGGUCCAAGGGACCCAGAUGUUCUGGGCUGACUUGUUCUGUGCUUAUCAUAAAGGGACACAGGUUUGAAGCCCCUCUCAAAAAACGGUGA